AUGGCCCGCCGACUAGUUCGAGCCAGCGUACAGCUCGGUCUAGUCGCAACAUUCAUUUUACUAGUCAUUGUCGUCCUCGAUAGCCGAUUCAGCGUCCUUCCCUCCUCCAUCCAUGGUCAUCUUCCGUCGCAUUACUCCGGCUUCGUGAUCACAGACGUAACCGUCACCAAAUGCUCCUCCAUCAAUCCAUUUUCAAGCUGCAAGCUCGACCCUGAACACUGGUACCGUGUCGACAAGGACCUGUACCUCCGCUCGGGCUGGACCUCGAGUGCCUACGUUCAGUUCAAGCGUAAAAAGGAGGAAGAACUCGGUGCCGACGAUAAAGUGGUCAUCGACUUGAAGAUCAGCCGCCUCACGCCGCCAUCCGAAUACGUUGCUGGUCAAGCCGAGAUCGAGGCGUGGGAGCCCCGGCCAGGGGGGAUUUGGCUCAAGCGCUCGUCUUCCCGCCAUGCCAGUGACUCCAACAAUGCUGUGACGUAUGUCGAUGUUCUUUACGGAGCAGAUGCCGUCGACCCUCGCCCCAACUGGGAGGUCAAAGAUACACCGAUUCUUUUGGACAGUUCCACAGAGCAACUAGAGACUCGCUUGAGUUUUCGGAGAGGACAUCCUCAGGCCAAACCAAAGAAGCCUACUCCCAGAAUCAACGAAAACGGCAAAUUCAAAGUGAUGCAACUCGCAGAUCUUCACAUGAGCACUGGUCUUGGUGCGUGCCGUGACCCAGUCCCUGCGGAAGCCGUGGCAGGGCAAAAAUGCGAGGCCGAUCCUCGAACCUUGGAAUUUGUCGAAAGACUUCUCGAUGAAGAGAAACCGGACAUGGUCGUGUUUUCUGGAGACCAGAUUAACGGAGAGACCGCCCCCGAUGCACAGAGUGCGCUCUUCAAAUCUGUGAAGCUUUUGGUCGACCGCAAGAUUCCGUACGCCGCUAUCUUCGGUAACCACGACGAUGAAGGUGACCUCAAUCGCGAACAACUCAUGGCCAUAUACGAAGAGCUUCCAUACUCCCUAUCCGCUGCAGGACCUGAAGAUAUCGAUGGCGUCGGAAAUUACAUUGUCGAAGUCCUUGACCGGGGUAAGAGUACACACUCUGCCCUCACUUUCUACCUCCUUGACACCCAUGCCUAUUCUCCCGAUGAGCGUCAAUUCCGCGGCUAUGACUGGAUCAAGCCCAGCCAAACUCGGUGGUUCAAGAAUACCGCCCAAAGUUUGCGAAGAAAACAUAAAGAAUACUCACAUAUCCAUAUGAACGUAGCGUUCAUCCACAUUCCACUCCCUGAGUACCGUACUCAAGGAAAGUACUUCAAAGGCCAGUGGAUGGAAGCACCCACCGCUCCAGGGUUCAACUCUGGUUUCAAGGACGCCCUCGAGGAAGAGGGUGUUUUGUUUGUCAGCUGUGGACACGACCACGUCAACGACUACUGCAUGCUUGAGCAAGACGCCACCAACAAGCCUUCACUUUGGAUGUGCUAUGGCGGCGGCGUUGGUCUCGGUGGCUAUGGCGGCUACGACAACUACGUCCGACGAGUGCGUUUCUACGACUUUGACAUGGGUCCAGGGCGUGUCUCGACCUACAAGCGUAUUGAAUGGGGUCAAACAGAAGCGAAGAUCGAUGAAAUGAUGAUUGUGGACGGUGGCACAGUCAACGGUCCUGAAGAAGCUCGGGCGUCAUGA